UCAAUUUCAAUUCUCAAAUCCCAACUCAAUCCCAGCUAAAUUCAACGAUCAAUUUCGUCAACUACGUGUUAAUUUCUUCAUUUUUAUCUUCAAUUUCACGCUCCUCUCUACCUUUUUUCUUCGGUUUCAUCGAAUUUCGUCUUUAUCGUCGUCGUAUUCAUAUUGAAUCCAAUUCUUUCUCUUCCUUUUCAAGAAUAAGAGGUAGGAGAGGAAGAAAAGGAAAAAAAUUAUCAAAUUUUGAUUGGGCUUUCAAGCGUUGGAACCGGAGUUAUUUUUCUAGAUAAUCAGGUGAUUCAUUGAUUAAUUCUAAAGCUAUGCAGAGUCAAAUUGUGUGUAAUGGGUGUAGGAGCGUUCUUCUUUAUCCCAGAGGAGCAACGAAUGUUUGUUGCGCGUUAUGCAAUACGAUUACAUCUGUGCCUCUUUCUGGUAUGGAAAUGUCCCAACUUAUAUGUGGAGGUUGCAGGACAUUGCUAAUGUAUACUCGGGGGGCAACAAGUGUGAGAUGCUCCUGCUGCCACACCGUGAAUCUUGCACCAUCUCCUAACCAGGUUGCUCAUGUCAACUGUGGCAACUGCCGGACAACCCUAAUGUACCCUUAUGGAGCUCCAUCAGUUAAAUGUGCAGUCUGUCACUAUGUUACUAAUGUCGGUAUGCCAAAUGUAAGGGUUCCACUUCCGGCAAACAGAUCUAAUGCAACAGCCGCUUCUGGUACAUCACCUUCUUCUUCAACGUCUCAGACACAAACUGUUGUUGUCGAAAACCCUAUGACUGUUGACGAAAGCGGGAAAUUGGUGAGCAACGUUGUUGUCGGUGUCACAACAGAUAAGAAAUAAAUCAUCAAAUGGGCUUCUGUGAUGUUGCGGGGAUAAUCGGUAUAAGCAGUCCCAGUCCUAAUCCUUAUUAGACAUUGCUUGAAAGAUGGACUUGAUUAGUGCUUGCGUAUAUUGUGGUGGAGCUAUCAAUUGAUAUUCAUUCAGUUAAAAGAAAAAAAAAGAACAUUUUCUAAAAUGAGAUGCUGAAGAAAUUUUAAAUGUGCGAUGUACAUUUUCAGGGCACAAGUAGUGGAAAAGGGGACAAAUUGUUUAAGUAAUUUGUGUGAUUAUUAAUAUUGAACUUAUGUUUGUGUCAAGAUGCAUAAAUAUGGAAGUUGAAUGUGCUGUUAAUGCUUGUAGCUUUCCAGUGAACAGAAUAAUGGAUCUACUUAUAUAUAAAUUAUACAUAUUUACUUAUUUUUCUA